AUGUCAAGUUCAUCUUUCCUAGAGCCUUCUGCUGCUCUUCGACCUAUUCCUGCCGAAGAAGAAUUGCUUGUGGAAGAGCCUUCAACAUCACCAUCACCAACGACUAACGGCAAUGAGAAUGGAAAUAACAGCAAUACAACAACUAAUUCAAAGAAAGGCUUGAGCAUUUCCUUUACAUCCAAUCAUGCAAAAAAAGGCCCAAUAACACGAAAAAGCAAAUUGGAAGUUACAAAAUCAUCAUCAAAUAUUGAUACAGAUGUUUUAACUCCAUUGAGUUCUAUUGUUGAACACAGCUUUUUGCCAAAUCCUGGAGUCAUGCAGCAAGCAACCGAAGAAUUUGAGGAGAAAGUCAAGGAGAAGGAGCAAAUGAGAAAAACAUCAUCUUCGGGGUUCUUACCUGGAGUAUCCACUCCCUUUUCUCCACCAUUUUUAGAUUUGGCAGUACCAACCCCAACACCCCUGACUGCCGUACCUGGAGCACUUUAUGUUUACAACGAAGAAGCAUUUAAAGCAGAUUUAGAUGAUUUUGAAGAUGAAUCACAGCUUUUAGAACAAAUUAGAUCAAAAGAAGCCUGUUUUGCAGAAGAGUAUAUUAACGAUGAAAUAGUGCAAGUGUGCAACAAUUUAUUUAAAGUUUUGGAAAUGAGACGAAAGCAUCAAGUUGGUGAAUAUAACGACGAAUCUAGAAGAGAUGCUCGUCCUUGGAACUGUUUCUAUUAUAAGGAAGACUUUGUUGGAAAUGUUGAUGAAGACGAAUUACUACUCAAUUCAAGACAGCAUGCAUAUGUGGAACCAAAACUGACCUAUGAUCCGUAUGACCUUGAUGCAAGCCAAAAUCAUCCAGUAACACCUGAGGACAUUAUUGUCAUGAAAGAGGGUAUUUUUUAUGUGAAAACCACACUUGGCCAAGAAAUUGUUCCUCCAGUGACUUUUUCAGAACAUUUUGAAACAUAUCAAUUCCUCUCAAACCUCAUGUAUGACGCUCCGACAAAAUCCUUCAGUUAUACCAGACUCAAUGCAUUAGAGUUGAAAUUUACACUCUUCAAAAAGUUGAAACAAUUUGAAGAGAUCAAGACACAAAAGCUUGUACCUCACAGAGACUGGUACAACGUUCGUAAAGUUGACGGCCAUGUUCACUUAUCUUCAAUGGCACACCAAAAACACUUGCUCAGAUAUAUUAAGAGAAAGCUCAAGCAAUGCCCAGAUGAAGUCGUCAUUAUUAGAGACGGCAAAAAACUAACACUAGCAGAAGUAUUUGACAGUUUGAACUUGACUCCUUUCGACUUGUCUGUAGACACUCUCGACGUUCAUGUCGACAAGACACAAACCAUGCACAGAUUCGACAAAUUCAAUUUGAAAUAUUCACCCUUUGGCCAAUCCAGACUUAGAGAAAUAUUUCUCAAAACUGACAACCUGAUUGAAGGCAAAUAUUUUGCCGAGAUGACGAGAGAGGUUUUUAAGGACUAUGAAGACAGUAGAUAUCAACAUGCCGAACCAAGAGUGUCCAUCUACGGCAAGCAAUAUGAUGAAUGGCAAAAUCUUUCCAAGUGGGUCAUCAAACAACGAAUGUAUAGUCCCAAUAUCAGAUGGCUUAUCCAAAUUCCUAGACUCUACAAUGUUCACAAACAAUUUAAUGCAAUUGAUACCUUCCAACAAAUGCUUUACAACAUUUUCCAUCCACUCUUUGAAGCAACCAGAUGCCCAGACAAGUAUCCAGAAAUUAGUACCUUCUUGAAUUACAUUGUAGGAUUUGAUUCUGUGGAUGACGAAAGCAAACCCGAACCAAGAUUUCACAAGGAUUUACCAACUCCAGAUCAAUGGACCAUGCAUGAAAAUCCUCCCUAUGCCUACUAUUCGUACUACUUUUAUGCAAACAUUAAGGUUUUGAAUGCAUAUAGAAAGUCAAAAGGCUUGAACACAUUUGCCAUUCGACCACAUGCUGGAGAAGCUGGUAAUGCCUCUCACCUGGUCAGUGCGUAUCUACUCUCAGAUGAAAUCAACCAUGGUAUCGAAUUGAGAAAAGCUCCCGUGUUGCAAUAUUUGUAUUACCUUUCUCAAGUUGGGUUGGCCAUGUCUCCUCUUUCCAACAAUUCCCUAUUUUUGUCCUAUGAGAAGAAUCCAUUCCCUCAAUUUUUCCAAAGAGGUCUCAACGUUGCAUUAUCUACCGAUGAUCCUCUCAUGUUCCACUUUACUCGUGAACCAUUAAUGGAAGAAUAUUCUAUUGCAGCUCAAGUAUAUCACUUGACAAAUGUAGAUUUGUGUGAAAUUGCUAGAAAUUCAGUUAUUCAAUCUGGUUUUGAGGAUGUCUUUAAGAAGUAUUGGCUUGGAACAACAAGAAUGUUCGGAACUAAUGAUAUUCGUCAAUCAAACGUUCCUAAUUUGAGACUUAAAUAUCGUUUUGAAACUCUAGUCGAUGAACAUUUAUUCAUUCAGAAAGCUCUUGCCGUCGAUUACCUUAAAAAGAAGGUUAAGGGAGCUAAAUAUGCUCCUCCUCCACCAAUGCCUCCUGGAGAAGUUCUGACCUAUUUACUUAGAGACAAACCAUCCUAUUUGGCACUCACAUUUAGUUCCAUUGGCUCUCUUGCAAAUUAUCCAGCCAUUACCACUCGAACUGAAAAUCCACCAACACAGACAAAUAAGAAUCAGAGUGCAAUGAAUAGCCAACCAGUGGCUACAAGUACCACUACUGCAUCCAAAGACAAUACUGGCCUUUAUGUCCUAUUAACCACAACAGUAUUACUGUUGGGAACCUUGGCAAUUAGUAAUUGGCGUAAAUAA